AUAAAACUGUUUCUUUUAUUAACAUAUUUGAUUGCUUUUCAACUGAUUUGACAGAAAAUUACACGCAGUUAGUUCAAAUCCUAAAAUAAAAAAGUUGUGUCAUAAAGGAACUCAAAUUAUUUUAUUACAAGUUUGGAACGUGUCGAGAUAGAAGCCAAAACUAAAAGAAAAAAAAACUACUUAUAUUGUUUUUAUUGACGUUCUUUCUGACAUGAUUGUAAAAUUCAUUAUUUUUGUUUAUGUCGAUUUGAGUCGGAACUAUUUAUUCACGUCUCGCGCGCUUCCAGCCGGAUCUAUUUUGGUGAGACACCGUCACCGGUGCUGCUCCGCAGCUGCUUCCCGUGUGCUCUGGUUUGCAGCGGUUGCCUGAAAAACCAGGUUAACAGGAUGUGUGGCACACAUGAGCCAACUGUGAGGUUCUGAAGGGAUUAUGUGUCGACAACAGUGUAAAAUCACUAAAUUCUGUUAGUAAAAAAUACAUCAGAGUGGUGAAGAUGAUGAUGGUGCCGCUGAAGAGAAGGAAGCUUGUCACGGCAGAAGCUGGGAACACUGGAGGAGACGGAGGAGAAGAACCGGCCCGGUUUCCUCACAUGGUUCUGUUUCUGUUAGAAAGAAAGAUGGGUUCCAGUCGCAGAAGUUUUCUGUCUCAGCUCGGGCGGAGGAAAGGAUUUCAGGUGGAGGAGCAGUUCAGUAAGAAAGUAACUCAUGUUAUUUGUGAAAACAACUCUGCUGAAGAUGUCAGGAGGUGUCUGACGUCACAGGGAGGAGUCCAGGAGGAGGUCCACCUGUUGGACAUCAGCUGGUUCACAGAGAGCAUGAGGGCAGGACACCCGGUUCAGAUCCUGGACAGACAUCAGCUACAGGUUUUAACAGGCAUCUUUGGAGUUGGAGCAAAAACAGCCGCCCGAUGGAUCAGAGAGGGAAUACACAACCUCUGUCAGCUACGAGAGUCAGGACACACAUUAAAUCGAGCCCAGCAGGCAGGUCUGGAGCAUUACGACGACAUCAACCAGUCCGUCACAAAGACAGAGGCUGAAGUCAUCCAGGAGAUGGUGGAGAAAGCUGUGGCUUCCGUGUUACCAGGAGCUCAGGUGGUCCUGACCGGAGGAUUUAGGAGAGGGAAGAUGAGCGGACAUGAUGUCGACUUCCUGAUAACUCACCCAGAGGAGGGCAGAGAGGUGGGACUGAUGCCUAAAGUGGUCUCCUGGUUGGAGGCGCAGGACUUCCUGUUGUACCAGAAAACUACAAGAAACUCGUACCUGGAGUCCAAGGAGGGUCCCGGUCGCCCUCCGUCCAACAUGGACCGCUUUGAGAGAUGUUUGUCCAUCUUUAAGCUGCACAGCGUGGAGAACCAAGCAGCUGUGCAGGAUGUGACGAAGCGUGUGGAAGGAGAACAGAGGUCAGAUGAGCAGACCAGACCGUGGAGGGCUGUGAGAGUGGACCUGGUGGUCUCUCCCUUCAGCCAGUUUGCUUUUGCUUUGCUGGGCUGGACCGGAUCCAAGCUGUUUGAGAGGGAGCUGCGCCGGUGGGCAGGGUACGAGAAGGCCAUGUGUCUGAGCAGCCACGCCCUGUAUGACAACAAGCAGCGAAAAUAUCUCAGAGCUUCUUCAGAGGAGGAUAUCUUUGCUCACCUUGGUCUGGAGUACAUCCCUCCGUCAGAGAGAAACGCCUGACGAGUUCCUGCAGGUCCAAACCAGAACCAUCUGAUGUCAUGUACGCAUUACAUCUGUGGAGAUCUGACGCAGUUCAUAUUAAAAAGCUGCAGGGAUUUUAAAGUCUCUACAGUCUGAGUCAGGGGCUAUCCUGCAUGUUUUACUUGUUCUCCAAAACACCUGAAACAAUGACUAAAUUAGCUCUUCAAGUUCUGCAGUAGCUGUUAGUCACCCAUUCAUUCAGAUCAGGUGUGCUGGGACUGGCAGCAUAGGGGCCCUGGAGGACCAGGACUGGACUCUUCUGGUCUAAGCUGUGUGUAUUGAACAGGAGACAGUCCACAGACCCACAGAAAUGUGGGGCCAGUCGCCUUUAGAUUGUAAUCUGGAGUCUUAGGAGUAACUGGCUUGUCAGCAGGUAAGGGUUGGAAUAAUCAGACCAGUAACAUCCCACAACAGACUGAAGCAACGCCCUCAUUACUGAGGCUGAAGCCUGGAUUAGUUUGUCCUUCUCCAGCUCUGUGACAUCUUCACUCAUGAACAGAACUUGGGGAUCUGAGCUCCUCUGCUUGAGACGGACUCAGAGGAAGCAUUUCACCUUUUUUUAUUUUUCCAGUUGAGAAGCUGACUCAGUGCACGCUGAAGAUUGUGGUUAAUGGUCCACCAUGCUGCUUUAUUUACUGCAGUCAAGCCAUCCCCUAAUUCAGAAACCUGCUUCUGUUCAGAUCAGAGAUAAUGUCAACCUUUACACCUGUGGUACAGCUGCACCUCUGUCCACUCUGAUCCUACCAGGACUUUCUAAGCAUAUUUUAAAGAAAAUCUCAAACCUGUUUUAGGUUUUGUUUUAACUCUGCUCCCUUUUAAAUUUCAACAUUUUAUGCAACUGAUGUACAUGAGCCUGCAUGUCUCAGUGGGAUUACCUGUCUAAAUAAAAGUAUAUGAUUUUUUUAAAUUUUUUAUUUUUUUAUUGUUGCACCUGCCCAGAUAUUAAGAAUUCUCUCCUGGAUUUUAUUGGACAAAUAAAAAGACAAACGUG